ACGGAGAAGGGAGCAUCCCGGCCGGGCUCUCUUUUGGGAAGGUCGGGGGACCUUGGACCGGCGGGACGGGGCGCGCGCAACGAGGCGCCUGGGCGGUGGGUUUUCCCCUGCGGGCGCAGCAGCCUUUGAGGGGCGGCGGGGAGAGGAGGUGGAAGGCUAGGGUUGCCUCCCGCGCCCGCCCUUGACACUUGGCCCGCCGCUUACUUGUCCUUUACAGAGGGAGCAGCGCUGGUCCGCCGUCGGCCAUGCAGGGACGAGAGGAUGCCGACGGGGCGUUCGCCGAGGCUCGCCGCUGGGUGGAGGCAGCCACUGGGAAAAGUUUUGGAAACAAGGAUUUUCGUGCUGCUUUGGAAAACGGAGUCCUACUUUGCAACCUAAUUAACAAGAUCAAGCCUGGCAUCAUUAAAAAGAUUAAUCAUCUGUCAACGCCAAUAGCUGGCCUGGAUAAUAUCAAUGUUUUUUUGAAAGCCUGCGAAAAGCUUGGAUUAAAAGAAGCUCAGCUUUUUCAUCCUGGAGACCUUCAGGAUUUAUCCAAUCGAGUUACUGUCAAACAAGAGGAGACCAACAGAAGAGUGAAAAAUGUUUUGAUCACGUUAUACUGGCUGGGUAGAAAAGCUCACAGCAACCCGUAUUACAAUGGCCCACACCUUAAUUUAAAAGCCUUUGAAAAAUUAUUAGGCCAAGCUUUGUCGAAGGCUCUUGGAGAAUCUAACAGCUCCAAGCGAAGUGGAAGGGAUAGCGGGUACGGUGAUAUUUGGUACCUUGAACGUAGUGACUCGCUUUCUUCAUCUGCCAGCCACAAGAGAGACGAUUCAUUCGAUAGCUUGGAUUCCUUUGGCUCAAGGUCUUCUGCCAGCCUUUCUUCAGACAUCACUCUAAAAGGUUGCAGUGAAGAUUGUGAAAGUGACACGGACUCCGAAACACGCAGCAGGAUGAAUGAGCCUAGCAAAGAUGAAAACUCUUACCGCAGGGUUUCCUUGAUCGAACCCAAGCCUGCGGCGGAGUUCAAUCGUUUCUUACCCAGCAAAGCCAAACCACCAGCAUACAUACCAGCUCCUUUGAGAAAGAAGAGGACAGACAAGAACGAAGACAAUAGAAGAAGCUGGGCGAGUCCUGUGUUUACUGAGCCAGAUGGAACCUUCUCCAGUAACCCGAGGAGGGCUUUGCAGCGAGAGAUGGAAUUCAAGUCAACAGCUAACGUCCUUUCAGACUUCUCCAGCUAUUUUGAGGAGGAGGAGGAAGAAGAAAAGACAAUGGGCACUCCAGACAUAGAAACAGAUGACCUUUAUGUUCGCAAAAUAAAUGCUACAGUUUCAAACAUAAAAGAUUCCUCUCAUAAGUUCCUUCCCAAGUCUUGGACUCCGGGCGAAGAAUUACACUGGAAAAAAGCUGACAGGAUAUCUUUUUCCAAAAAAUGGUAUAUGGAUAUUCAAGGAUUCAGUAAAAAAACAGAUUCUGAAGAGCAAGUUGUGGAAGUCCAGCCAAACAAUGUCAUCUGUGGUAGUUUGGACAACACUUGCAGAGGGGACCCAGACUUCAUUAAGCAAAUGGCUGAAAAUGCUACACAAUCACUGAUGCAAACUGUGGAAAGAAGCGCUGGCAACUCUUCCGAUCUCCCAAGUCAGUUUUUAUUUCUCCGGGCACUGCAAAAAUAUUCUGAUGACUACCUGUUCUCCAAAACCAGGACCAAAAUUGAUCCUGCUUCAGGCCCUAGGCUCAUAACAUGUAGAAAAAGCAGUUAUGUUAGGCCUGGAUAUGGCCAGAGGGACACUGAUAAUGGAGACUUCUAUCCAGAUUUGGAAAACGAUGAUUUGUUUGUUCGUAAAACUGGUGCGUUCCAUUUGAAUCCAGUCGUUCUCCAAGAUUUUGAUUAUCUUAGGAAGUCCAUUAAGCAAAGUUCUCGCUUAGAAGGGGAAAUAGUUCUGCAGCCCAGAGAGGGUGACCCUGUAAUUCCAGAUUUAGAAAAAGAUGACCUGACAGUCCGUAAGGUUCAGCUACACAACAGAGGAGUGUCUUUGUCGGGUGCCCCAGAUCGAUACCAGCCGGCUCUUUUUCCGGAUCCUUGGAGUCUUCCACCAGAAAUCCAAGCCAAGUUUCUUUGCUUGCUUGAGAAGAAGACAACCUCAGUGAGUAAAAGUGGUGGAAAUAUCUUACUACCCUCUUCACGCCAAAAGAAGGACGAUAUGUUGACCCGCAAGAUAGAACUUCUCAAAGUGGGCUUUAAUGUACAGCCAGUCAGCUUCUCCCCAGGAACAUGCAACAAAGCUGAUCUAGAAAAAUGGGAGGCUAUCAGAGAGGCCAGCAAAAUCAAGCACAAGAAACGGCAGAUGGUGGAAAGGCUGUUUCAAAAGCUUUCUGAUGAGUAUGGGAGUAAAUCCUUGAAUGACGUCAGUGCAGAGGAGCUCCAAACAAUCCGGCAAGUACGUUAUGAGGAGCUACAGCGAAUAAAGUCACAGCUACAGGAGCAAGAUCAACAAUGGCAAGAUGAUUUGGCAAAAUGGAAGAGCCGGCGCAAAAGUCACACUUCUGAUUUGCAAAAGAAAAAGGAAGAGAGAGAAGAAAUGGAGCGUCUAUCUUCUACGACUUCCAAGAGACGCAGCAGAUCCUUGAAACAAAUGCAGGAAGACAGGGAGGACAGAGAUCAAGGGCUGUACAGUGAUGGUAGCCAGCAGGAAACAAGGAACAAGUAUCUGUCAAACGAGGAUGUGUUCAGUGAGGAGAAACUGCCUUCCAGACCAUCAAAGGAUCACCUUGAUGCAAACGAUGCUGCCACCAGCUUGCCAAAGAACGAAGAAAACGGCAAAGAGAUUGAUCAGAAAACAGAGACUAGCGACUCAAGAGUUGAAACUCCAGUCCUGUCUAAAAGCAUGGUGGGAGAAAAGAGCCAGCCCUCUUUGCCAGCUUACAGUUCAGUCAGUGCACCAAUUGGGUCAGUUCAGGUUUCAGCUUCUCUCCCAAGAUCUUACAAGAAAAGUGAUACUGCGAGGCUAACAUCUGUGGUUACACCAAGACCUUUUGGUUUCCAUUCAAGAGGAAUCUCAUCGCUUCCUAGGUCCUUCACGAUGGAUGAUGCCCCAAAGUAUAACGGAGAAACAGACGUAUCCAAGAAAGCUCAAUAUACGUUCGCCAGCAAUUCAUUUUCUAAAGUGCAGGCUGGUCAAAACUCAUCACCAAAUGGCCUGAGAAACACAGAGGAGGACCAGACAAGAGAUUCGCUCACAGAGAAGAUUUCUGCUGCCUCCCUGACUGCAGAUAUUGAUCACCUUGUCCCUAAAUCACAGCAAGACGUGGUUACUCCUGUAUCUUCAGGAGUAGAAGAGAGAAGUCUUCAAGAGCCAGAGUCUUCAAGAGUUCAAAGCCAGUUCAGUGAUAUGAGAAUCAGUAUAAACCAGAAACCAGGAAGCGGACGGAGCUUUGGGUUCACAACGCUCUGGAAUCCUUCUGGAGUCUUUGUCAAGUCCAUAGAAGAAGGCAGCCCUGCAGAAUUUUGCCAGUUGAACGUGGAUGAUGAAAUCUUGUCCAUCAAUGGCACAAAGGUCUCACAUAUGGACCAGAGUCAGUGGGAAGGAGCCAUCAACAGUUCAUUAGAAACUGGAAACCUUUUCAUGGAUGUCAGGCGAUACGGGAAGAAGGAUUGGGGCAAAGACCAGCCUUCCCUGCCAUAUGAAAGGCACAAAAUCCUCAAUCUCACCCGUAUGGCUACCGACAUUAUAGGUACACCAGAAAGCAAACUGAUUGAUGUGACAUCUGGCGAUCACACCUCUGUCAAAAGUCCAAGUCUGCUGACACAACAAGACACGCCCAACAAUUUCCAGAGUGAGAACGCAGAAACAAAAGUCAAUGGAAUGCAAAAAGACACUAAUAACAGCGAACAAAAAGGCGGUUCAGAACCAGCAAUCCUUGAUCUCCCAGUUCCAUCAAUAAGUGCUUCUAGCCGUUGGACAUGGGAUCAAGAGAAAGAAAGAGAGAGACAGGAAAAAUGGCAGGCAGAACAGGAACGCUUGCUGCAAGAAAAAUACCAGCGGGAGCAGGAGCAGCUGAAGGAAGAAUGGCUGAAAGCACAAGAGGAGGUUGAGAAGGAAAGUUCUCAAUACUUAACCGAGGAACAAACCAUCUGGAAGUCAGAUUCUCUUUCUGUAACUGAAGAGCCACCUACUUGCAAGUGGGGAACUAACGGAAAUGGGAGAGCUGACUAUUAUGACACCAGCAGACGAUGGGAAGGGGAAAGAGAGCAGUGGAAUAAAGAAGAGGAAGACAGGAAGCGUCUCCAGGAAGAGCAGAGACUUCAGGAAGAAACAACUUUGCGGGUGGAACAAGAGAAGAAACUCCAGGAAGUGGAGCAGGAGCGGGGACAUAAUGGACAAGACACUGUCUACUAUGCUGAGGAGCCAAAGUUCCAGAAAGAAGUGGAAUUGAAGCAGCAGGUGGUGGAACAAGUCAAGGAGAUUCCAGCCCAGAGACCCCAAUAUCAAAGACUUCAUGAUGCGCCAAGAAAUUCGGAGCAUUCGGGCUGCUUCAACGUUGACAAAAACAAAUCCAGAUCAACUCCUGAUCUAGAUGAGCCUCCUGCCAGCAGGAAUGGUACGAAGAGCAAAUGCUCAGAGACAUCCUGGCACGCUGGUGACUCACAGAAGAAAUCUCAGAAAGAGCACGGCUUGUCCCCUGCAGAGCAGGAGAGGCAGCAGAUCCUUCAGGAAAUGAGAAAGAAGACAUCUCUGCACACGGAUAACAGCUGGAUCAGGCAGAGGAGCUCCAGCAUGCACAAAGAACCUGUUAGUCUGCCAGGCAGUAAAAUGAGGAGAGGUGAGAGUUUAGAUAACCUGGAUUCUUCUAGAACACAUUCUUGGAGGCAUAAUUCUUGGAUGAAUCAGUCUGCGUCCACAACAUCUUUGUCAUCUAGUCAAGAUUUUAGUCACCAUGCGCCUCCCGUGGUGUCCACCUCGAAUCGUGCCUACAUGCGUGCCCCCUCAUCCAGCCUGCCCUCGUCUUCAGCUGGUUCUAUGAAGGCAUCAUCCUUGCCUCACAUUCUCCCAUCUGCACCCUCUCCUGUUCCCCAUGCCCAGUCACCAACCUUGCCUUCCCAAUCUGGAACCCAGCAACGCAACAGGUCGGUCAGUGGAAAGCGUGUGUGUUCAUACUGUAAGAACGUUCUGGGCAAAGGAGCGGCCAUGAUCAUCGAAUCUCUUGGCCUUUGUUAUCAUUUACAUUGUUUUAAGUGCGUUGCUUGCGAGUGCGACCUUGGGGGGUCUCAGACGGGAACCGAAGUCCGCAUCCGAAACAAUGAACUCUUCUGCAAUGACUGCUAUCUCAGAUUCAAAACUGGACAGCCAACCAACAUGUGAUAGAAACCUAAAUACGAAAACUCUUCUACAGAUAACGGAGGAAGCUGCUGUUGUAGAUCUAUAAAUAUAUAUAUUGUGUGUGCGUUUUUUAAGAAAUAUAUAUAUUUUUGCCUGUUUAGAUUACGUAGAAAAUGCAUUGCAUACUUUCAACUUAACAUUUAGUUAUUUAUAAGGAAGUAAUCGUAGUAAAACUCUUCUGGACAAAACACACACACACAGUUUGUUCAUUGUACACUGUCAUAACUAUAUACACAAGUGAGAAAUCAAUACCUGGGAGUCAAUGCGUCGGAACAUUGGAGGCUAUGUCAAAUAGCUUUAAUUUUUCAAUUAUGUACGAAGAGGCUAUUUUUGAGUUUUUAAUGCUCUUUAAUGAGCAUUGUCGAAAAAUAAAUAUGGAUUUGUACUUGCAGUUUCUAAUUUUGAUGUACAUUCUCCAGGGUUCCGCAGAAUUAUAACGAAAUUGCAUUUGAAGACACACAGUGGUGGUUGUUGUCUGUAUUUCAGUUUCUAAGCCUAAGUCAUAUGAUAUUUUAAAAGACUAAAAUAUAAAAUUUCAGUCUGUUUGCUCGGGGAUCAGUAUUUCAUUGUGCUUGAACAAUUAAAUCCAGUGGGGGGGGGGAAUCAUUUGUGAGUUUUGUUUUUCCUUUUUAGGUUUGAAAAAUGCAACUCCAUAUUCACCUCAAGUAAAUGAGAUUGAAUAUUUUUUUCCUCCUCUUGACUUAUUUUGUAUUUGUAAAUAAAAGUUGCUGAAGCUGCACUGAAAUAGAUUUCUUGUAUUUUUACCUUCUUUUUGAGGGAAGAACGUCUGCAGGAAAAAACUGUUAGACUUGGGUAUAAUUUCAUUUUGGUAAAACAGUUCUUAGCUUAAGCUACCACUGCUUCUGUUUAUCUAUACCAGGGUAUCAUAAGGGUAAUUGAGCUAAAUUUUGACUGAAUAUCUCUAAGUUUUAAAUAAAGAUAAACUUGUUAUAACAGGCAA